CAAAUCUGCCAUCAACAAACAGGCCUCCCACUCCCCAUCCACGCUGCACCCCGUCACCCCGUCUGAGCGGACAGUCGCCUGGGUGACCAACAUGACCCACCUCUCCGCCGACAUCGAGAGCUCGCACCUGGAACGGGAAGAGUACAAACUGCGGGAAUACUCCAAAUCCAUGGACGAGAGCAAGACUCAGUACGAGGAGGAGAUACUCUCCCUCAAGGAGCGGCUGCAGAUGUCCAACCGGAAGCUGGAGGAGUACGAGCGGCGGCUGAUGUCGCAGGAGGAGCAGACGGGGAAGAUCCUGCGGGAAUACCAGUCCCGUCUGGACGAGAGCGAGACCCGUCUCCGCCGGCAACAGGAGGAAAAGGACGGCCAGAUCAAAGGCAUCAUCAAUAGGUUAAUGGUGGUGGAAGACGAGCUGAGGAAAGACCAUGCCAACAUGCAGGAUGCUAUCGAUGCCAAGCAGCGGAUAAUCGACGUUCAGGAGAGGCAGAUCUCAACGGUGGGAGCUACCAACUCCCGGCUGAUGAGUACCCUAGCUCACAUGAACGAGGCCCAGCUGAAUGGCACCACGACGUCUCGCCCGCCAACGCCGCCGCCGCCGCCGCCGCGCCUCCAGAUCACGGAAAACGGCGAAUUCCGUAACGCCAGCGGCCACUGAUGCCGGAGGGGAGGGGGGGUUAGGGAACAAGGUCCACUCCGAACAUCUCCCCCGCCCACCACUUCUCUCCCUUGUCACCCCAUCUCUCCCCCCCCCCCCCCCCCCCCCCACCCCAACCCUCACCUCCCCCCUCUGCCUUCGCUGGGAUGGAGUUGGCAGACGAGGAAACUAAUUUUAACUAUUAAUAAUUAUUUUGUAUCCUAUCGUCUCCCCCAUGCACGUCCACUCCUGAGUCCAGUGGCCACGGGCACUGCCUCUGUGCACUUAAUGAGUGGCAUAUUUUUUGUUGCACUUUUGUACCCACGCCAUGUUCAAAUGGCGGACUGUGUGUGAGAGAGAGAGAUGUGUGAGAUGUGAAUAUAAAUAAUAUAUAUAAAUAAAUAUAACAAAAAUUGUACAGUUCAUAAAAUCUCUCCAGUGACGUUGAGCGUUGGAUUUGACUGGACGUCUUCAUUUGCGUGGCGACACGUUCCGACCCUCUCCUCCUCCUCCUCCUCCCGCACUUGGUUCAACUCGU